AUCUAUUGCUAAAAUAUUUGCGUACGUGAGGGUCAAAAAAAUCACUUUAUUAUAAAAUGUUGUGAAAAUAGCACGCCUACCUGUGUAGUUACCCACGUAAUUACACAUACCUAGUUACAGUGAUUAACCAGUGAUAUUAUCAAGUAAUACAAAUCAGAAUGACUGCAAAACGGAAAACAGAAAAUGAUUCUACUGAAACAAAGUCAAAGUACUGGGAUCCUUUGCAGGAAGGUGUCAAAUGGAUAGAGAAAUAUUCAGAAUCCUUAGAAAACUUCUUCUUAAGGCUUCCUGAAUUUAUAAGCACGUUCAUAGCUACGCUUGCAAUAUUCACUUUAGGUGCUACAUUAAGAGGAGAAUGGGUAGUAAUUCUAGUCACAGCGUUAAAACAAAUCACAGGACAUACCACAUCAAAUAAAAAUGUCACAACUGCAGAAAUAUUGCAGACGUUUACAACACAAAAUAUGAAGUUAUCCAAUUUUGGGUUCUUUUUCAUCAUGGCACAUAUCGUGUCCUAUGCCAUUUACUUUGCCAUUGGAGGAUUCUUACACUGGUACUUCUACAUAAACAGAAGACACAAGGCGCAAGAAUGGAAGAUCCAACCAAACAAAUGGCUGUCCCCAGAAUUGGAAAGACAUGAGAUCCUCGUCGGUAUAGUCUCCCUCUUUGUGACGGGCUCUUUCUCCUCAUUCCUGGCCUGCUACAUCUACAAUGGAAACCCUUCGACUGUCUACUUCCAGUUCGAUGAAUAUGGUUGGCUGUGGUUCUUCCUUCAAUUCCCUUGUGUUUUCAUUUACCAGGACUACACAACCUACAUCUUGCACCGCAUGUACCACACUCCGUUCCUGUACAAGUACUUCCACAAGCUACAUCACAAGUACAAGCAGCCCACCGCCUUCUCCGUGACUGCCAUCCACCCCGUCGAGAUCAUGCACGUGCAGCUGACCGCUUGUCUGCCUCUCUUCACUGUCCCUGUGCACUGGUUGCCGUUCUACCUGGUAGUAAUGUACAACUACUAUCACGGCAUCAUCGAUCACUCCGGCAUCAACUUCAAGUCGCAGUGGUGGCAGCCGUGGCAGCCCGACGCCGAGUUCCACGACCAGCACCACGAGUUCUUCCACUGCAACUUCGGGUUUAACAUGGACCUUUGGGAUAAGUUACAUGGAACCGCUCGUAAGAAGAACCUGGUGUACACUGAAGCCACGUUCCACGGAGAAGCUCCGAGGCAGGGCACCGCCGCCGCCAACAAACUACUCACCGAGGAACGAACUAAAACUGAUUGAAAACUUAUUUAUUGAUUAAAGCCUUAUUAUUAGUGCCUUCUUGUUUAGCGUUUGUAGGGAUUCUUUUUACUUAGCUAUAGCUAAAGUCUGUUUUUUAAUCUCAGAUACUAAAUUGACAGAUUCUGAACGGUUCAUCAACAGCCGAUUUUCCCGCAAUUAGAACAAUACGUCACUUAAUCGCGAGACAGUCGAACUAAAAAACAGACCAUAGGUAUCUUUUAAGAAAUGUUACGGGCUGAUUUUUCAAUACUCAGAUAAAAGUUAUCCGAGGAAUAUUUUUGAUGCUGUCGCAUCUGAAUGUUUGUAUUAGAUAGUGACAGCAACAAUUUUAUUCCACAGAUAAUAUUUACAUUAUCUAGCAGACAAAUCAGCCCUAAGUCAAGUUAAGGGUCCUUAUUGUAUUUAUUUUGGAUAUUGUUGUUAAAAAAUUAUUAGUGAUGAAUGCUGUUAUUUUAAAACAACUCAUUUAUUUUAGCUAAGGAUAAUAAAUAGCUUAUUUUAAUCAUAA